GAGCACUGAACAUACUCUCGAACCUUGCGUCUCGCAUUAAAUCUCAUCGUUUCCAACAGUUACCUUGCGUCUCGCAUUAUUUUGGAGUAGUAUCUCUUCAUUCCAACACGCCCACACUUUCCCUCUUCCGUCGCCUGCUCCGUCGCACCUUUUUUUUUCCUCUGCAACAUCCCAGAAUAAACCCUACCGGCUAGCAGUCGCGCCCCUUUCCAAAAGAAAAAAAAAGGAGAAAAAAAGCCAUGAAAGUAGCAGAAAAUGACCCUAUAACUGUCUCAAAUCAGCUCCUACAAUCUUUACUCGAAGAUGAAAUCCCUCAGGUCCAGACUUUUAAAGGCAAAUGGUCACUUAUUAAAUCUAAACUCACUGAUCUCCGAACUCAACUCGUUGAUUUCACUGACUUUCCUUCUUCUUCCAUUUCUACCCCUCUCUGCCUCGACCUUCUCCACUCGGUCUCACAUUCGUUAAACGACGCUGUUUUACUGGCUAAAAAAUGUCAAACUCUUAAAUUAACAGACGGGAAACUGAAAACUCAGAGUGAAGUUGAUUCCGUUUUAGCUAAGUUAGAUCGGCAUGUGAAAGACAGUGAGAUUUUAAUUAAAAGCGGCGUUCUCCAAGACGGUGUCGUUUCAACCGUUUCGUGUACUUCCUCUUCUAAAAGAGAAGCAGUCCGAGUUGAGUCGAGAAAUUUAGUAACUCGGUUGCAAAUUGGGAGCUCCGAGUCAAAGAACUCAGCGAUGGAUUCGCUACUUAGUUUGCUAUUCGAGGAUGAUAAAAAUGUAAUGAUAGCUGUAGCACAGGGGGUUGUUCCUGUGCUGGUUAAACUACUCGAUUCGAGCUCGGUAGAGAUGAAGGAGAAGACUGUAACUGCAAUUUCUAGGGUUUCAAUGGUGGAUAGUAGUAAACAUGUGUUAAUUGCAGAGGGUUUAAUGCUAUUAAACCAUUUGCUUCGUGUUUUAGAAUCAGGGAGUGGUUUUGCAAAGGAAAAAGCCUGUGUUGCCCUUCAAGCUUUGAGUUUUUCUAAGGAGAACGCAAGGGCAAUUGGGUCCAGAGGUGGAAUUUGUUCUUUGUUAGAGAUUUGUCAAGCUGGUACUCCUGGUUCACAAGCUUUUGCUGCUGGUGUGUUAAGAAAUUUAGCUGCUUUUGAGGAAAUUAGAGAGAAUUUUGUCGAAGAAAAUGCGGUUUUUGUUCUUGUUAUGCUUGCAGCUUCUGGGACUGUUUUGGCUCAAGAGAAUGUAAUUGGCUGUUUGUGUAAUUUGGCUAUUGAUGAUGAAAGGUUAAAGCUUUUGAUUGUUAAAGAAGGUGGGAUUGAGUGUUUGAGGAAUUUCUGGGAUUCAAAUCCGCCGUUGAGAAGUUUAGAAGUUGCUGUUGAUUUAAUUAGGCAUUUAGCUUCUAAUCAAGCUAUUGCGGAAGCGCUUGUUUCCGACGGGUUUACUGCGAGGAUUGCGCCGGUGUUGAGCUGUGGAGUUUUAAGUGUCAGAAUUGCAGCUGCUAAAGCUGUUUAUGAGCUCCGUUUCAAUACAAAAACUAGAAAGGAAAUGGGUGAAUUGGGAGUAAUUGUUCCAUUGAUUAAGAUGUUAGAUGGUAAGGCUGCUGAAGAGAAGGAAUCGGCAGCAAAAGCAUUGUCCAGUCUUGUUUUGUAUGCCGGUAAUCGGAGGAUUUUUAGAAAGGAUGAAGGAGGGAUAGUGAGUACAGUUCAAUUAUUAGAUCCUUCGAUACAGAAUUUGGAUAAGCAAUACCCUGUUUCGAUAUUGACCUCGCUUGUGCAAUCGAAAAAAUGUAAAAAACAAAUGAUUGCGGCAGGAGCAGCUUUGCACUUGAAGAAACUCGUCGAGAUGGAUGUAGAAGGAGCAAAGAAGCUCUUGGAUAGUCUUGGCCGUGGCAAGAUUUGGGGCGUUUUUGCCAGGCCAUAGCUGCAACAGAAUUCAAUGAACUAAAGAACAUCGAUUCGAGCUAAUUCGAUCAUCUGUAUGUACAUUACUUGUGUUUAUUUUUUCUCUCGUAUUCAGUUUUGCUUGAUUUUUUUUUUAUUAUCCGUCUUUGUUCAUAAUAUUGUUAGGUUGCAGUAGACGUAAACGUUAGUAGCUUAAAUGUCGUUGGAGUAACUAUUGUAGAGCCGUAAUCUUCGUUUGUUGACCUAACUAGAUUGAAGUCCAUGUUCAUUAUCAAAAACUAAAUAAUUGAUUGUA